AUGGACGACGGAAUCAGUACGGAGACGGAUGUAGCUGCUGCUCGUAAGUUGCGGAGUCACGGGCUAUUGUCGGUACCAAGAGAUAGCUCUCGAACUCGGAGUCCGCUCCGAUCAGGCCUUGACUCGGACCCGGACUCGGAGAGCUCCAAGGCUUCAUCCGUAAGCCGUGGUAGGGCUAAAGGCCGAGGGCGAGGUACAGGAAUCUCCCGUGCCAGAGUCAAUCUCAGAAAGGCGAAGGAAGAGGCCAAAGAGGAAGCUUUCAACCAAUUCCUACGAGAUCGAGUGUGCCGCAAGAGGAUAUCUGAGCCCGUCUUGGACCCUGAAGACUUUCCUUUAGAGGCACAAAAAGAGGACCCCACCCAACUCAGCGCCGAGGAGCUGCGAGCCGUUGCAGGUAAAAGCGUGGCAACUAUAGUUCAGGUUGCCACCAAAUCAGGGCACCUUAAGGGCUCACAUGCUAAGCUCCUUAAGGACUCAGCUGCCGCUCUGCAAGAGAUGGUGGAUGCUCUGGCAUCCAGAACGGAAGCCGAGGAAACUCGACGACUUAGAGUGGACAAUGGCCGCUUACGCCAGGAGGUGGAAAACCUCAAGACGGAGUUAAAAGCCCACCGAAGGGAAUUUAGCGAGAUGAAGGCGACCAUGGCGGCGGCAAAUACCACGUCCGUCUCCAGCCUAAGUGGGGAACUCAUCGAGGAGCUAAAAGCAUCCAUUGCUAUCUCCGUCGGUGCCAUGCUGGAUGCCCGAUUUGCCGGAAUUGAGGAAAGGCUUCUGCCCGAGAAGGUGCACCGCCCGCCCUUAGCAGCGGAUAAGAGCCGAGAAAUGGCAGCGAUGCAGACAGUUACUGCUGCUCCAACGGCUCGGAUGGGCCCGAUGACUCGGAGUUUUACAGUGGCCUCGAAGCCCGCUGGGACUCCUGAGACAAUGGCUGGACCCAGUCGAGUUGAGGCAAGGGAGGUCAAUGACUGGGCAACAGUUGUCAAAAAGGGCAAAAAGGCCAAAAAAACCUCACCGCCCACAGCCGGCGCUGCCACCACCCCAACGGUUGCCACUGCCGCCAAAACAAGUCAGCCGGUUAAACCGAAACUUACGUCCCCUAAAACCGCGGCGGUCGUAGUCACAUUGCAGCCGGAAGCGGCAGAAAAGGGGGUGACCUACGCUAAAAUACUGGAGCAGGCGGAGCGUCAGGUCAACUUGGAGGAGCUUGGCAUCGGCGAAGGAAUAAAAAUUCGCCGAGCGGCUACAGGCGCCAGGCUCUUAGAGCUUCCUAAGGGCCAGACGGCGGAACAGGCGGAAUUACUAGCGAGCAGGCUCCGCACUGUUUUAGAUGGCGUGGCUAGUGUGGUUCGCCCAUCCAAGCUUGCGACCCUCAGGGUCACUGGACUUGAUGACUCGGUCACAAAAGAAAAGAUAAUUGCUGCCGUCGUGCGAGCUGGGAACUGUCCUACCGAGUCGUUAAAAGUGGGAGAAGUGCAGUCCGGCCCCAGAGGGGUGGGCGCAGCCAUCUUGCACUGCCCCAUAGAGGUGGCUAAAGUAAUCUCGGAAGCCGGGAAGCUACGGGUCGGUUGGAGUUCUGCCGAGGUCCAUGUGCUAGAGCAACGCCCCUUGCGCUGCUUUAAGUGCCUCGGUAUCGGGCACACAAAGCCAGUCUGUCCGUCCACAGCAAACCGAGGCGACCUGUGCUUCCGGUGCGGUGGAAACGGUCACAAAUCGCUGGGAUGCAUAGCCCCAAUGCGCUGCGCAGUGUGCAAAGACGCAGGGCUACCAUCAGAACAUAUCAUGGGGGGUAGGAGCUGUAACCCUCCCUCAGUGAAGGGUAAGAUGGUCUCAAUGGCUCAGGCCGCCACCAGCGCUGGUCGUCGUCAGGCGCAAGAGGAAGCUGAAAUGUCAUCAUGA